UGGUGACAUUUACAAAAGGCAGACGCGAUUCAUCAGAACACUCAGAACCCUGACAGAGAACACUCCAGUCAGGGUUCCUACAACAACAGCGCACAGAAAGAGUGCAACAGAAAUGUACGCUACAAAGAUGAGAAUCCCACUGCCUCUUGGAAUCUAUCUUGGACUUUGGGCAACAGUCAAUUCAAUGCUGGUUAAUUCUGUGACCCAAAUUCCCAUGAACGCUGCCGAAGAUGUAUUCCGAGAAGCUGUGACGGACGGGUUCCUUGUUGAGCAGUUUUUUGGCCCAUCAGACCAAUCUGAAUCGCUUCAAGAAAACACAACCACUCGACAGUCCGACCAAACAUCGUCUGGCGCAGAUGAGAGUCAUAAUGGAACCCUACUCGAGAACGCCAGCGAAGGGAGUGCAUCAGGUGAUAACAGUGACGGGCAAUUCCAGCCCAGCACGACUUUCACGGGUGCUAAGGAGGGAAAAGAUGCUCCAGCAGAUGAAGAUGUUGGCUCGGGUGGAGAUAUUGGGUCAGGGCAAGAAGAUGUCAAAGUAAAUCUCAAAACCAAGAGAAUCAUUGACUUUCCAUCAAUCCAAGGUGAUAAACCUCAUCAUCUUCUAGAGUCGGAAAGCCCAGAGGCGCCACAGGAGCACAAAGGACAUGUGACACCAGAUUGGAUCAUCAUCGUAGGAUUCAUUGUUGGUGUGGCAGCACUGGUUAUGCUAUGUGCGGCCAUCGCUACCAGAGACAAGUGGAAUGGCCCAAAUCAGGCAUCACAAACCCAAACUGGCUCCACGAAGCAGCAGAAGGAGGCAGAGACUGAGACGUUCCUGCAAAAAGAUGGACCCAGAGAAAAUGGAAAGGCAGAAGAGUACACAGUCAUCCCGCUGGAUGAGCUUCCAGAGAAAUAUUCACAGUGAAACUAACUCUCUUUUCCAAGUAUGGAGAACAGAAUCUGAGCAUUCUGGCUUACUAAUGACAAUCAGGAAAGCUUUGCAACUACAUUUCAAUAAUUAUUUCUAGUUAUUUAUUGUCAGUGUUCUUUUAAGAGUCUAUGGAAGACCCAAGAGUCAAUCAAUCAAUUUCACAUGAGUACAACAUGUGGAAUGUUUUCCCUGCUGAGGUCUCUGUCCAUUCACCUCAGUGAAUGAUUCACAAAGAGCCCAAACUAAAGACUCCAUGCCAUAUCCGCCUACCUGACUCCUUCAGUAAUCUUCACCACACCCUCGGUGGGCGGAUGUCUUCUGGCUUCCAGCGGCCUUGUGAAAUUCAUUUAGUAAAAUAUACAAGAUAUUUUCCUUAUGAGUAUCAGAGGUAGUGUGCCUGUGAACAUCUCAUUCAUCCAGGUCAUCGUAUUCUCAGGGUAUUGACUCAAUCGCAACCAGAUUGUUGUGGAUCUGUUCAGCCAUCUAAAUUAUAUGUAUUAAUAUUUGUGGUUUAUACGGAAAUGGGCGUGACUUACAUCUGUACAUUAUUUUAAGUCUGAAAUUGACAUGGAUUGAUUUGAAGUUUCGGUAUUUAUUGUUUAUUUCUACUAUAUGUGUACUGUGUAUGUGUGUACGUUUUUAGUAUGAACUCUUCUACGACUUACAGUUUUUUCUAGUAACUUGAUGCUUUUUUUUCAUUUUUUUCCACUUUUAUUUUAUAUUUUGGUUCUACAAUGUGCCGUCCACAGGCCCAUAAAAAUGUGUUUCAUGUCUAAAUCAUCAUCAUCACCUGUCAUGAAUUCAGCUAAUCAUCCAAAGAAACAAAUGAUCUGAAAGAUAUAUUGUGUGGGAGUCCCACAAAAUAUACACUUAGGUAUUUUCCAAUAUUGUGUUUACUUAUUGUUGUUUAUAACAACCAGUGUUCUAAAUCUACAACAUUUGUGUCAACAUUUGAAAAAUGACAAAUCUGGCCUGUCUGGUUUAGCAGUUCAUGGCUGAUCAGGGUGAUGGCGUUUUCAAUGCAAUUUGUUUGGAUUCUGCCUACUACCAUGGCGGCCAAACCUGUCCAGGGCAUAAUAUGGAAUUGGAUGCUGUUCCUGUUGGAUACUCUCCUGUAGCUAUGAUUAUGAUUAUUAUGUUAUUAUUAUCCACCUUUCACCCAAAGGCAACUGGGUUAGGCUCCAGCAUACCGGCGCCAAUUUGGAUGGAUGUUAUUAUUAUUGUGCCUGACAUAACUUGUAAUAAAAGCCUUUUCUUGCGA